UACACCAUGUCAGUUGCAAUCUAGUCACACUCUAGUAGAGGAUCAGACAAGGCUGAGGCAUGUAAGACGGCAAUUAGCUAACUUUGUAAAGGUUAUUUUUGGCACUGACUACUGUGCCCUUUUGUCUUAAAAAAUGUCGGCCUCUAUGGAACCCCACAGAAUUGCAGUCAUUAUGAGACCCAAUCAGAGCCAAAUUGGCUUGGACAGGUGGUUACACAAACAAAUCAAUCUGCCGCCCGAGAGGGGUCCCGAAGGAAGGUACGAAUUCGAAAGCCUAAAAGAAAAAGCUUUCCAUGAUUUCACGAAAUUCAAUCCGCUAGCCCAGCCACCGGCGGCGAACGCAGCCUUGGCACCAUCACGAGACGAGGUGUUACUAAUCGACCCAUGCUCAGGACAGCUGAGUGCAGGCGCUGAGGUGGAUCUUGGAAACAAAAGAAGGCGCAAGUUUAUAGACAGAGCCCACACUCCGUCUGACUUGUGGGUUCCAACUGGCUCCAGAGACAGACCGCAGACGCCACCACACAGGCCAGCCUCUGUGCAGUGUGACUCUGCUGAACACCGCUCAUGGAAUUCCAGAACCCUUUCUGACGCAGCAGUUCGAGCGGGCUUGGGAGGUUGGACGAGCGCAGAAAGAGUGAAACCUGCUGCUCCAAAUAUUCCAUGCUCAUUGAAAUCCUUUAGUUUCUUUCUGGGAAAGGAUGAAUCGAAUUCGAAGAUGUACUCCAUCAUCUCACCACAGUCUGGGGAUGAGGCAGCUCGGCACCGCAUCUACACAUCAAUGGCCCAAAGAGGCUAUGAGGAUGUUGCUUGGGAUACAAAGUUACCCCCGCGCCUGAAACCCCCAGCAACCACCCUGGAGAAAACAGCAGACCCUGUGGACCAGCGUUGGACUCUGAGAAGAUACCACACCAGGCCUGAACUAUGGCAGGCUGUUGGCCCCCAUUGGAACAGAUAUCAACUCCGAUCAAGAAAUGAAGUGAGGAAGCCAAUCACAUUUACCAGCCCGUGUCCAAAGUCUGGCCAGAUCCCUUUGUACUGUGGCUCAGUUGGAUCAGAGAACAUGGACAACAUAGACAUUGUUGGGGAGGACUUCACCCCUCUUACCAUGCUGCGUAAAAUUAUUCCUCCAUACACCCCCACUGCAUAUCGUCCUACCAGCCGAGGCUACACUGGUAAAGGCCAUUACGACACGGCCUGCCCAUCCAGCUGCUGCCUGCCUGCUGUCCCCUGCACUGCUCCUGCCCUGGGGAGCAGCCGUUGGAGCCCCCCCGCCUUCGGCCACACCGGCCCGCUGUCCAGGAUGGUGACCACCACUCCCCCCCAGAACCCUUUCCUCCAGCCACGCCUUCCAGUGUUCCCCAUCCCCACUUAGAAAGAAAGCAUGCGUGCGCACACACACAGACACACACACACACAUACACACACACACACACACACACACACACACACACACACACACAGACACACACACACACAGAAAAGACACACUACACAGAGUAAUAAAGAUGUGAAAUUUUUUUGGGGAAAUGUAAGGUUCUCUUCAUGAAAUCCAAUCUGUGUUUGUGAAUAGAUCUGUAAUGAUGUGAUGUCAGUGACUGAUUCUCUGAGAAUUCGGAAUAAUGAGAUGCUUCGUUAGCAUAAUUUCCCUUGAUUUAGAUGAGUGGUUCUGUGAAUAUGGAGAGAGUGAGCAUAGUCUAUCAUUGUCUUCUCAAACUUCUGUGUGUGUGUGAGAAUGUGUGCAAGUGUGUAAAAGUUUUCAUUUGUUUGGAGUUUGGAGAACAGUUAGAGUGAAUUAAAAACUAUUUUUUUUUGUCUUGCCAAUUUUGAAUGGUAGAGCACAAUAUAGUUUAAGCUACACCACACAUUUCUCUGUUGAGUGCGUUUUUAUAUGAACACCACCAGUGGUUGUUCUCAAAAACAUUGCUUUUCUAGUUUUGGAAAACCUCUGAGAAAUGAGAUGAAGCUGUGGGAAGAUUGGGCAGUUUUUGUGUGUCUAUUGUG